UCUUGUCAUUAAGUUUCUGCUGCACAUUCAUGUUACAAAUGCCAGUGUCGUUACUCACAAUCGUGGUGUUCUGCACACUUAUAAUAUAUACUAUGAUGAAUUACUGUUUCUGUGCUAAAAAAAAAUAUUAUUUGUCUUUAUGUAUUCGAGUUAAAAUAUCUAAACAUCCUUAAAGCAGUGUGCAUUUAGUAGAGAAGCAAAGCGUUCUAAAAUGCAUGCUAUAUUUUUGAUUUGUGCAAAGUAGCUUAUUUUUGUGUGAUUAGUUGUAAUGCUAUUAUUUCGUUUUGACCCUUGGUAGGAGAGAAUCUUACAAACAAUGAUGCUUUUCCUCAGAUCUGUCAAGGACAAACCUUGCCCAUCAAAUGAUAUUGUCACCUAUCCCUCAUGCACUGAAGGGUGGUGUAUUUCUUUCACAAUUCCUUUAUAGUCCAGCUGCCUUUAUAAGAUGUGGUGGCGUAAGAGGGCUGUUCGGAGGAGGCCGUGGCAAUGUUAAUCAACAGACUCUGGGUGACAUUGCAGAAAAUAUCAGAGAACACAAGUUCAAAAGAAUUGUGGUGAUGGCAGGGGCAGGUAUCAGCACACCUAGUGGAAUCCCAGACUUCAGAACACCUGGCAGUGGACUUUAUGACAACCUUCAACAGUACAAUCUGCCCUAUGCUGAGGCCAUAUUUGAAAUAAAUUACUUUCAUCACAAUCCAAACCCUUUUUUUGCUCUUGCCAAAGAGCUUUAUCCUGGUAAUUACCAACCCAAUCUGACACACUACUUCAUUCGCCUGCUUCAUGAUAAGGGACAACUGCUCAGGAUGUACACGCAAAACAUUGAUGGACUCGAGCGAAAUGCAAGCAGAGUGGCUGGCAUUCCCCCAAAGAUGUUGGUGGAGGCACAUGGAACAUUUGCCACUGCCACAUGCACAGUUUGCCGAAGGGAUUACAAGGGAGAGGAACUCCGGAAUGAUAUCAUGGAAGGAAAAAUACCCAAAUGCCCUACUUGUAAAGGAAUCAUCAAGCCUGACAUUGUAUUCUUUGGUGAAGAGCUCCCUCAGCAAUUUUUCAGCUACCUUACAGACUUCCCGAUAGCAGACUUGCUCAUUGUCAUGGGAACAUCUCUAGAGGUGGAGCCCUUUGCCAGCUUGGCUGGUGCUGUGCGUGGUUCAGUGUCACGGCUUUUGAUAAAUCGAGAUCUUGUGGGGCCGUUUGCUUGGGGGUCCCAACGUCUCAAUGACGUGGCUGAGCUGGGUGACGUAGUUAGUGGGGUAAAAAAGCUGGUGGAGCUCCUUGGAUGGAAGCAGGAAUUAGAAGCCUUAAUGAAUGUUGGCGGAGACAAGACUUUGGUGAACAAGGAGGGGUGAGCAACCAAAUUUCAUCUUGACAUGGGUUCUGGAGAUCCAGGUUGUGACUGAUUGUUGGUUGGCCCUUUGUAAAGCGAGUUCUGAACUUCUAUCUCAGAAGUGAGCAUUCACAAGUGGGACUGGGUUUCAUUUGUUGACGAGGUGUAAUUGAAUAUACUGGGUUGAGCAUGAAGAUAAAAAA